AUGGAGCAGACCGAGGACGGAGAGCAGCCGCAGCAUCCGCCGUGGGGAAGGCUUCUGCGCUUGGGCGCCGAGGAGGGCGAGCCGCACGUCCUGCUGUGGAAACGGGAGUGUACUAUUGGGCGGAGGAGAGGUUGUGACCUUUCAUUCCCUGGCAAUAAGUUGGUCUCUGGAGAUCACUGUAAGAUCCUACUGGAUGAUAAGUCUGGUCAGGUGUCACUGCAAGAUACAAGUACCAAUGGGACAGUAAUUAAUAAGUUGAAGAUUAUUAAGAAGCAAACCUGCCCUUUGCAGACGGGGGAUGUCAUCUAUGUCGUGUACAGGAAGAAUGAGCCGGAACACAAUGUGGCCUACCUCUAUGAAUCUUUAAAGGAAAGACAAGGCAUCACACACGAGUCCUUUGAAGUGAAUAAAGAAAAUGUGUUCCUCAUGACCAAAGACACCUCAGGAACAGGCAGUGGUGGUGAUGCCUGGGCCCUGCCCCCACCACCUAGCACCCCACCGUGCUCGGAGGAGCCACAGCCAUCAACAUCAACAUCAGACCUCUUCCACACGGCCUCUACCUCGUCCAUGGAGCCCGCUUCUGUGGGGCAGGGGCACCCCUCUGCAUCCGGUUCCUCUCCUGCAGGCCUCCCCUCACAGGGAUGUGGUCCCACCGUGGCAGGUGAGGAACCCUCCAGCUUUGUGUCUGUGCUUCCUGACAGAGAGGGCACACCUUUGUCUUUGUCGGUGCCUCAAGGUCUGGAGGACUGGGAGCCCAAGAGAAAGAAGAUGAAAGGAGAUGGGGAGCCUGGACUGAGCCCUCAGCUGCUUGUUGCAGACCCCUGUCAGGCUGCCUUGACCGGCCAUGAGGACAGCCGAGCUGCGGCUGUGAAACCAGACAGGAUGGAGGAGACACUGACCUGUGUCAUCUGCCAGGAGCUGCUGCAUGACUGUGUCAGCCUGCAGCCGUGCAUGCACACCUUCUGUGCUGCCUGCUACUCGGGCUGGAUGGAGCGCUCGUCCCUGUGCCCCACCUGCCGCUGCCUAGUGGAGCGGAUCUGCAAAAACCACAUCCUCAACAACCUAGUGGAGGCUUACCUCACCCAGCACCCAGACAAGGGCCGAACUGAGGAAGAAGUACGAAGCAUGGAUGCCAGAAAUAAGAUCACGCAGGACAUGCUGCAGCCCAAGGUCAGGAGGUCAUUCUCGGAUGAGGAGGGCAGUUCGGAGGACCUGCUGGAGCUGUCGGACGUUGACAGCGAGUCCUCAGACAUCAGUCAGCCAUAUAUCGUGUGCAGGCAAUGCCCGGAGUCCAGGAGGCAGGCACAGCCCCCACCCGGCCCCGGGCCAGAGAGCGAGCAGGGUGCCCUGCAGGCUCCAGGGGACGCCCCAUCCACGUCUGCCAGCCUCCCAACAGUGGUCCAGGACUAUGUGUGCCCAGCUCAGGGGAGCCAUGCUGUCUGCACAUGCUGCUUCCAGCCCAUGCCCGACCGGCGAGCAGAGCGCGAGCAGGACCCUCGUGUUGCCCCGCAGCAGUGUGCGGCGUGCCUGCAGCCCUUCUGCCACCUGUACUGGGGCUGCGCCCGGGCCGGCUGCUUUGGGUGCCUGGCCCCACUCUGUGAACUCAACCUUGGGGACAAGUGUCUGGAUGGUGUGCUGAACAACAACAACUACGAGUCAGACAUCCUGAAGAAUUACCUGGCAUCUAGGGGUUUGACGUGGAAGAACUUGCUGACUGACAGCCUGGUGGCCCUGCAGAGGGGCAUAUUCCUGCUUUCUGACUACAGGAUCACAGGAAACACGGUGCUGUGCUACUGCUGUGGCUUGCGCAGCUUCCGGGAGCUGGCUUACCAGUAUCGGCAGAAUAUCCCCACUUCAGAGCUGCCAGUGGCUGUAACAUCCCGUCCUGAUUGCUAUUGGGGUCGCAACUGCCGAACUCAGGUGAAAGCGCACCAUGCCAUGAAAUUCAAUCACAUUUGUGAACAAACACGGUUCAAGAACUAA